AUUUACGGGAAUUCAUAUUUUCCCGGUGACUGGGAAAGGGCCACUACGAAAGGAAAGGCCCCGGAAAGGAUAAAAAAAAAAUCUCACCCAUAAGAUUACGACCACAUGGAAGUCUAUGUCUACUGGUGUAAACAAAGUUAAAUUAAUGCCACAGCCAAUUACUAGCAUAGCUUAGAUUUGGACUAGAUCUAAAUCUAGGUGUUUUUAUAAGACUUUCGUUAAACUUCUGAUUACAGUUUGAAGGCUUUGACAUUUCUGUUGACACCUAACAAAUGAAUACCAUAGAGGACACCGAGGAAGCUGAUGUCUUGAGAGAUCUAAAUGAUACACAUGAAACCGAAGAAUUUGAGAAUGACGACGAAGAUGCGGCAAGAAAGUUUGAGAACUGCUCCAAAAAUCCUGGUCAUGAUACCUUCAUAACAUUGGAAACAUUUUCUCAGGACCAUUUGCCAGAAUCACACCGCUCGAAAGUACUUUACGACUGCGUGAAAGCAUUGGCGCAGAUGACAGUGAAGAUCUCUGUUAAAUUGGUCAGCUCUGGGAGGCCAAGAUAUCACAACUCUAGAGAGUACCCGUAUGGCAAGAGACACGGGAGCAAGAUUGUUAGGAAUGGAAGCGGAAGAAUUGAUUUUCUAGCUUGGCACAGAGAUGAGAAGGAUCUCUGUCCGUGCUCCAAGUGCCAGGAGUCCACUAGCCCCAGCAAAACUUGGAUGGAGAUUAGAGUCAUGACUGCCAAACACGUGGUCUUUGAUGAUCAAGAAGCCAAGAAAGCUUACUGUAAGUUAUUCUAUGACGACGCAGGUAGCCCGGAAGUCGUUGUCUCUGGAUUUGGUGUGUACUACGAAGACAUGGAAAAGGAUCGAUGUCUGUUCAAAUGCGCGACGUGUGAGGAGAGCCUGAUGCAGACGUUGAACGCGAAUAUGGAUCACUUCGUCCAAAUUUGGGAGAAAGCGCAUAACAAAUACAAGCAUCAUCAAGCCAAGCGCAAACUAAUUUGCAUCGUGUCCCAUCCGCAUGGACAUUAUAAGAGGGUCACUGUUGGUCAUCUCGACAGGGCAAGGAGAUCAGGUCAGCUGUAUAGACAAUUUUUCUAUUCGACUCCUACUUGUCCUGGUACCAGUGGGGCGGCAGUGUUUGUCAUUGGCCACUCAGAGAAUUUAUUUUAUCAACAUAUUCAUAGUGGCAGUGACGGUCUCAACUUCAGUGGGUUGGCCUGGUAGUGAAUAGGUAUUGUUAAUACCGACUCUCUUGGUCACGAUGUGAUUCUUUGAAUAGGCAUUUAAUAUGUGCUCGCUUCCAAAUUAAUUUCUAAGUUCGUGCAUAUCGAAGAAAUAACUUAUGCUUGUCAAAAUUUACAGUUACUUAACAAUAGACACACCCAAAAAGCUAUUUAUAGAUAUUCGCCAUAUAUGAACAUAUCAAUGUCAAGACGCUGAAAUCAUACCGCUCGAAAAUAAUUUAUGACUAGAUCUAAUCAUGAUUAUAAUAAUUGUCCAUUGUAUCUUAUCUUAUAUAAUACAGACGUUACUUUAAAAAAAGAACAUGAUUACGUCCUACGCGUCAUGCAUUUAGUCAUGCAUAUUAACCAAUAACCUAAAUUCUGUUAAGUCACUGGUUUUCUUGGCUAGCUCAGGCAAUCCAUUCCAUGCUCUAAUAGCACUAGGGAAGAAGGAGCAUUUGUACAAAUUUGUCCUAGCAUAUGGAAUGAGAAAUGUGUGUUUAUCUUUGUGUCUUUCUAAGUAUUUUAUUAGAUUUUAUUUUUGUAUUUGAAGAGUAUGGUUCAGUGUUUUAUGUAUAAUUGCUACUUUACUUUUGAGUCUUCUGUCCUGAAGGCUUUCUAAAUUUAGUGAUUUUACUAAAAGGUAUCAGCAACACAGAAAACAUUACUUUUAAAUAUUAAAAAAAUAUCUUUAACAUUUAUUGUAAAUAGGAGAUACAUGUAUCUUCCUUUUUUUAAAAAAACAAAGCUUAUAUCAGCUCACUCUGUAUCGGAAUCGGAACUCUGUCUGAGAUCAAGUUAAAACUUUAUACAAUCAUUUAUUGUACCUAACAAACGAGAAUCAGUAAAAAAAAGAACAAAUUAGUCAAUUAAUUGCUGAUAUUGUUAAUUGUUAUUGUAGAAAAAAAAUUCUUCAGUAUUAAGAGAUAUGGUUGAAUUUGUGUGGUUUCGUCCCUUUAGAAAAUUGUACACAUUUUUUCUUCCACGCUUAUUCUCGGAUCAAGUAGAAGCCUUACACAGGUAUUUAUUGUACCUAACAAAACAUGAAUCCAUUAAAAAGUAUAUGAAACAAUAA